UUGGAAAAAUUAGACAUAAUCUGUUAAACGAUCAACACACAUGAAUGUCGGUAAAGAUUUCAUGACAGUUGAAGAUAUCAUUACAGACGUGUACUGAAAAUGAACCGACUACCUAACAGGUUACACUGUUCCUCACCAGUUCUCACUGAUGAAGGUCUGCAUCAUCAUUUUGAGCCCAGAACGAGAAGACGCAAAAAUCUGAAAGAAAAAAUAGAGAAUGAAUUUCUCGUCAAUUUCAUUGCUACCCUUUACUGUAAAGCUCUAGUAGUCCUUGGUGUAGCUUUACCAAUUACAGACGCUAUAACGCUAAAUAUCAAUAUCUACAUUUUCAGAAUCUACCACAUCUAUCUUUACUCUGGAAGUAUUAUAUUCUUAUGCUACAUGUGCUUAGUACAGCUCAAAGAAAAAUCAGUCAGACUGAGUUUACACGAAAUGCAGAGUUCAGUUCCAUUGUCAUUUGAAUCGGCAGAAUCAGAGAACAUCAACCAGCCAGUGAGAUAUGGAAGUUUUUAUCUCAGAAUGGGGGUAACAGGAUUUGGAAUGGGAUCAGUUAUAUAUUCAGGAUUUCAGUUCGCACAAUAUUUCGAGUAUUCUACAGAAAACGAUUGUGGACAUCCUGUGAAAGCUAUAAAACCUGGUCUCCGCAUCAUUUUCGUCCUAAUGCAAAUUUUUUUCGUUUUAUCCACGAAUAAUUUCAUCCAUGUACAGAAGAGUAAAAUGAUUGCAAGAUUUGGUCUGAUGCACAUGAUAGGCACAAACUUAUGCGAGUGGUUUCAGGUCGUUGUCAAAGAAACACAACAUGAUAUAUACAAGACUGCGCAAAAAUUUUUAGCAAAUAAUCCUGCCAAUUAUUCUCCUCAUUCGAUAGUUUUAGAGACGAAAAGAUUUUACGAUAAAAAGGAGCAAUGUAUGAUAACAAACAUCAUUGGACCAAUUUUGUUCAAAACUGAGCCUUAUCUAGCACCUUGCAUAAUAGAGUUCAGUGUUUUAUGCGCUGUCAUCUUAGGACUCAUGUGGAAGAAGAAUCUCACUCAUGGAAGGGAAAAAUAUAAUCCAAAGUUCCACAAAGUGUUGGCCGAAAAUUUCGAUACCAGAACAAAGAGCAGAUUCUCUGUAGAUUUUUCGAAAGCACACAAAGGUCUUUUCAGUGGAAUCCUUGUGAUAAUAAUCACAAUAAUGAGCCUCAUUGUUUACUCUGAAUUAGAAACUCACGAAAAAUAUUGGCAAAUAGGCAUCUUACUGGUUAAUAGUCUAGAAUUCCUGUUGUUUUGGGCUGGUACUUUGGCAUCUGUUCUUUGUAUAAUUUCAAUAAGAGACAUUGGUUACUAUAAAAUGAGCAGACAACUUGAGUUGGAGCACUUGCUGUUGAUUCUUUCCCAGUCUGGUAUUUUCAUCUAUAAUCUAUUUCAAAUUUUGGGAACAACUCAUAUGGUUGUACGAGGUGGAGUAGCUUUCAAUAAAAUUAUAAGGAUUCUUACGUCUAUCUCUUGCGUAAUAGAGAGCUGUUCCCAAACAACUCUUGUGCUGAUAGCUUGGAGAAGAAGAUGCGUUUCCAAAUCCCACAUAAGAAAAAAACCUGGAAAACAGCUAGUGACGUUCCUGUUACUCAGUAAUUUUGCAAGUUGGGUUAUUUGCCGUUUCAACCAUAACAAAUCCACAUCACACCCGAUACAGAUGGAUUUUUAUGGGCUUUUAGCAUGGAAUAUAAUUACCCAUGUGUCCAUACCUCUGAUGCUCACAUAUAGGUUUCAAUCGACAGUCUGUUUUUAUGAGAUCUGGACUCACGUAUAUAAAACUACACCUAUUGGUUCAUCUUGCCGAGAUUUUUCUGUAGAAAAUGACAACUGAAAAAUCGAUAAGAAAUAUCACAUUUGAUCCAUGGAAACUAAAAAAUGCUGGUGAAGAUAAUUUGUUCAUCCAUACAUCCUGUUUCAAUUGUUCGUUUAUGAAUAAUCAUGUAAAUAAAAUUCGAAUAAUAAAGAUAUAUAAUAAACAAUUAAGUAACA